AGGAAAACAGUAGUAUAACCUUUUUCUUUUGUUAGCUGCGGUGUUGGGGCCACUCCUUUUACUAUGAGGCGGAAAAAUAAUGGCACACUAAUGGAGGAACAUCAACUUGAUUACGCACUUGUGCCUCUUGGGCUGGUCAUUUUCCUAGCAUAUCAUGCUUGGCUUAUGUUCACUAUAAUUCGGUAUCCAAGAAGAACAGUCAUCGGAAUCAAUUCUGAGUCUCGCCAUAACUGGGUCCUCUCCGUUAUGACUGAUCCAAUAAAGAACGGAGUUCUGGCAGUUCAAACUAUACGCAACAACAUUAUGGCGUCUACCCUUUUGGCGACAACUGCAAUUACUCUCAGCUCAAUCAUUAGCGUAUUCGUGAGCAACAAAUCAAGCUUUACAUACUCGGAGCUACUGUUUGGGAAUAAAACUCCUAUGAUGUCUUCUAUAAAGUUUUUUACCAUCUUGCUUUGCUUUCUUGUUGCAUUUCUCUGCAAUGUUCAAUCUAUCAGGUACUAUGCCCAUGUUAGCUUCUUAGCUACUUUGCCUACAUUCAAAGAUAGAUCUGAAUCUAUAGAGUAUGUCGCGAUGAAUUUGAACCGAGGGAGCAUGUUUUGGUCACUGGGACUACGAGCAUUUUAUUUGUCGUUUCCUCUCUUCCUUUGGAUAUUUGGGCCGAUACCCAUGUUUGUAGGUUGCUGUGUAAUGUCGAUCGUUCUAUACUUCUUGGAUACCACCACAAGUUUUACCAGGGAUCUCCACUCUCAAUCUUUAAGAGAGGAAAGGAAGGCAACUGAUUUGGAAUGUGUAAAUCAUCAACUCUAGAAGUUGUUAAUGAAAUAACAAGUUCAAGGAGGGCAUAUUCAGAGUCUAGCCUAUAAGAUAAUGAGUGUCUUAUUUGGAAGAUAGUAGCUGGUUUUGUAACUAAGUUUCACCUAUUUGGUUUUCUAUGUAAAAUUUAUAUUCAAGUGGUUCCACUAUCUUAUUAUAUAUUGCUUUCCUUGUACUUGAAGUAGGAAUGCUGCCCUCAAAGCAUGUAUAUGAUGGACAAAUUGUUGCUUGGUUGUU